AUACAAAUGUGAUCUGAUCUGAUAUGCAACCCAAAGCCUUUAAUGCUCAAAUUCUACGUGUAUCUCGAUGAAUUUCACCACGAUCCUCCCGGCCUGCCGCCCCGCUGGGGGAUUGCGGCGGCGUGGGUUCCAGUGCGUGAUGAUAGCGCCUCUAUAUAAGAAUCGCUCCACAAGUGACCACCAAACAGUCUCGCAGAGAUCGCAGUUAUCGCAGUUAUUGCAGUAACUGGUUGGUGAAGAGGAAGCCUGUACGUACAUAUGCAUAUAGAUACGUAUAUCGGGAAUUGGGGGCAGGUUAACGCACUGGCCGUGAAAGCGACAAUCAACUGCAAUUGCAACUCUCCAUUCGCCAGGGCACAAUGUCGACGCAGCAGCAGCAAUUGGACUACAUCGAGCGCAGCCUGGUGUACGAAAUCUUUAAGUAUUUCGGCUCGGGGGUGACGCUGGAGGGCCACCGAGUUGAGUGCUCCACUGGGUUGGACGGAUUCAUGUCCGCCCUGUACACGGUGCAGUUGGAUCUCGUGGUCGCCGAACGGGUGCGGACUGAGGUCGUUAUGGUCAAGUUUAUGAAGGGUUCGGAGGAAUUCCGCGAGCAGAGCAACUCGUACAUCCAGUUCGCCAACGAGGUGUUCGCGUACGCCGAAAUUCUGCCUGCCUAUGAGCACCUGCUGCGGACGAGUCAUCUGUCCAGCGAGAUGGUGUCCAACUGGGUGCCGCGCUGCUACUUUGCCAAGUUCGGAAGGGUCAAUAACCUUGGGACUGAACGCGAAUCCGUCCUGGCUGUAAAGCAUCUAAAGGGCGAAGGCUACGAGAUGGGCCCGCGUGUGACUCUCCGUCGAGAUCAGCUGGACGCAAUGGUCAAACUGAUUGGGCCCUUUCAUGCCCUAGGCUAUGCCAUACGAAUACUGCAGCCGCAGGUUCAUGCCCGCCUGCGUUCGGGCGUGGUUGACUUGCCCUUCGUCUCCAGCACAGGAAAAAACAGCUUCGAUAUGGUCUAUCGUGUGACCUUUGAUCGUUUUUACGAAUUUUACGAUCGGCAGAGGGAGCAGCUUUUAAAGGACUCAGAUGCCGGCUUUGCCGUCGCCAUCGAGCGUCUGCGCGAAAAGUACUUUACAAAUCCCACGCAUCUGCUGGAGAGGAUUCGUACCGCGUCCUAUGCGGACGAUCAGCCAGAUAGUCACUUUGCCACAUUCCUGCAUGGAGACUACAAUCGUAACAAUGUGUUGUUCCACUAUGGCGACGAUGGCCAAGUGGAUUCCAUUAAGACCAUUGAUUUUCAAGAGUUGCGCUUCAGCACCACGGCCAUUGACCUGAGCUUCUUUAUGUACAUGAACACGCCGCCCGAGGGCAGAGCAGAGAUCUUCGCAGAUCUCCUGAAGAAAUACCACAAGUACAUGAGCGAAAUGCUGGAACUAGUGCUGCAUCGCAACCGGGAUGAAUUGAGCGACGAGCGUGUUGAAGAGCUCCUAGCUGAUUACAGUUACGAACGCUUUGAGGCCCACUUCAAGCGAUAUGCCUUCUACGGGGUGAUGGUCUGCAUGCACUUUAAGCCCUGGCUGAUGGGCAGUGAGACGGACUGCGCUGAAUUGUCGCGUCUCUGUGAAACAGAUAUGCACGGCCAGGCAUGCUACAAGCUGUCGCUGGACAUUGGCGGUGACGUGGCCAACGAGGAGGUCUUCAAAAUUGUCCGUCAUGCCUACGAGCAUGGGUAUAUGGACGAGAUAUAGAUACCACCCGCAUGCUUAUCGGUCGUGAAACACAUCUCGGAUUUUAAAUAGAAUUAGUAGAGCUGAUCAUAUUAAAUAAUCCGACCGCUACAAUAA